CCAGUCCCUGCAGGGGAAGAAAAGAAUGCUUGGAAAUAAUAAGCUCGUGACAGAUGAACGCCGCACCCGGUCGCUGUGUAUAGCUGGCAAGCAAGCAAACCCCACAUGGACCACACAAUUGGCUGGUGCGGUCUCGGGUCUCAGGCCAAGGCUCAGUAGCUUAACCCAUGUUGCCGUCAUUAGUCCAGUAUGAUAUCCAGCCUUGUCUGAGCCCAAGGCAUGUCAUUUAACGCCACCCACUAGGCCCAUUCAAUGCACACAAGGUGGUGGUGACCCGAGGAAACAGCCAAAACAAUUACUGCACCCUUGCCUUGCUUUACGGCAGAGCUCUUGUCACGACCGGAAACAGAACCUGCUCCCUCCCUCCCCCACACUCUGCAUGAAUCCAUGCCUUGGUACUAUUAGAAGCUCCAUAAUACACUCGUCGGUCACUUGAGGGCUCUCCCCCUUUGUGUGUCAUGCGCAGAGGGCUUUCAGUGGAAUACAGCCUCCCUGACAUAAAUGAGAUCAUGUGCAUGGAGAUGGAGGUAGAGACAAAGGUCCCAGCUUUGCGAUCGUCCCGUCCCACAUUGGUCGCCUGUGCUAUAUAAUCUAAGCCACCCUCCGUUGCACCUGCUCACAGGGGAGGUGAAAGAGGAAGGGCAAGAUGAGGGGAGUUUAUCUGGAAGCCAUGUGUUGGUUGGCAGUGGCGGUAGUCCUAAGGUCAGGUACUUGCUCCCCUGCCAUUGCUUCCACACAAGAUGAGCGUUAUCUUGCAUCGCCUUAUUACGCAUACCCACCUGCCUACGGCCAACCAUCUCCACCCCACUAUGGCCAGCCACCUCCAACUCCGUACGGGCAGUCACCACCGCAGUAUGGCCGACCAUCUCCGCCGCAGUAUGGACGGCCACCACCACCUCCCCGACAUGGCGGAUUACCGUCUCACAGGCCACCACCACCUGCUCGUAAGUCGCCGCACCAUAGGUACUCACCACCCUCACCCUCACCAGGCCACCCUUCACCUCACUACAGACAGCCGCCACCACAGUAUGGUCGACCACCUCCACGGCAGGGAGGUCCACCACCGUCUCCACCUCAUCAUGGACAUAGGCCACCCUAUCACAGAAAACCCCCACCUCAUCACAUAGUACCGCCACCUCAACAUGGACAGCCCUCACCACCACCACAGUAUGGACAGCCAUCGCCACCACCACAGUAUCGCCAACCACCGCCACCGCCACAGUAUGGCCAACCAGCACCACCACCCUCCCACAAAUGCCCUCCAACUCACAGGAGACACCCACCUCCUCCACAGGGACGGCAACCACAACCACCACAUUAUGGCCGUCAACCACCUCCUUAUGGCCAGCAGCCACCUUCACCGCACCAUGGUCAUGCACCAAAGAAACCACCACACAGACAACCAUCUCCCCCGCAUUCAGCACCUCCGUAUGGCAAUCUGCCACCUCCACCGCACCAUGAACAUGCACCAAAGAAAUCACCUCCGCCACAUGCAUGGCCCCCGCCACAAUACAGGCAUCCUCCGCCACAGUAUGGGCAACCACCAUCUCCAACUCACCGGAGACAUCCACCUCCGCAGCAUGCACGGCCUCCACCACCACCUCAUGGAAAGCCACCAUCACCGCACCAUGGUCAUGCACCAAAGAAACCACCGUCUCCACCACAUGCACGGCCAUGUCCACCGCGGCGAGGACAAACACCACCCCAGUAUGGACCUCCAUCACCACCAUCUCAUGGAAAAAGACCACCUUCCCCAUCGCCAACUCCACCAUCUUACGGUUACCCGCCACCGGCAUAUGGAUCGACACCACCGGCGGGAAGCUAUCAACCGCCUCCUCACCAUGGCCGGGGUCCACCACGACGGUAAACACCACCAGCGCAGGGGCAGCCAUCUCCUUCACGGCAGAUGCCAUCUCCGCCAUCGCCCUACCAGCUGUCACCGUCACCACCCUAUCUAUAGUAACUAUCAGGUCUCAAUGGCCAGCGUAGUAGCAAGAGGUCG